AUGGGGAUUCUGAAAAUUGCUUUACUUGCAUCACUCGCUUUACGCUUACGAAGCGUCCAGGCUGCAGAUCAUGAGCCAGACUCUUCGCUUGCUGAGCUUAGCGGAAGUUCGCAGAAACCGAACUUCAUCUUCAUCAUGACGGACGACCAAGAUCUCCAUCUCAACUCCCUUGAUUAUAUGCCUAAGCUGCAACGUUAUCUGGGCAACGAAGGCACGAAGUUUGAGAAGCAUUUCUGUACGAUCGCAGUGUGCUGCCCAUCACGCGUCAGCUUGUUGACCGGACGUUUGGCACACAACACGAAUGUGACUGAUGUUAACCCUCCUUAUGGAGGUUACCCUAAGUUCAUAGCCGAGGGUUUCAACGACCGGUAUCUCCCCGUGUGGUUACAAGAAGCAGGAUACAACACUUACUAUACCGGGAAAUUCCUCAAUGCCCACUCGACCUCCAACUAUAAUAAACCUUUCCCCAAGGGUUGGAACGGGACGGAGUUUCUUCUUGACCCAUCAACGUAUAGCUACUGGAAUUCGACAUUUCAGCGUAACCGAGAGUCUCCUGUGGCAUCUAACGGUUACUCCACCGAUAUCAUCUCUCAAAACUCUUUGGCCUUCAUUAAUGCAGCUCGUCAAUCGGAGCGGCCAUUCUUCCUCGGCAUCGCACCUAUCGCACCCCACGCCAAAGGUGUUCAUAUGGAGAAUGUAUCCAUCCCCUACUUUACCAACCCUGUUCCGGCAGAACGACACCGAGAUCUAUUCUUAGAUGCCCAAGUCCCUCGCCACGAAAGCUUCAAUCCUGACAAUCCAAGCGGAGCGAGCUGGAUAUACAACCUCCGACAGCUAAACGCCAGUGAGGUUGCUUACGCCGACGGCUUUUACCGUUCACGAAUCCAGUCCCUUCAGGCUGUUGACGACCUUGUGGAGGCCGUGAUACUCGAACUUCAGCAACAAGACCUUCUUCGCAAUACCUUCGUUUUCUUCACAGCAGACAAUGGGUAUCAUAUCGGCCAGCACCGGAUGGUGCCGGGGAAGGGCUGCCCCUAUGAAGAGGACAUCAACAUCCCAAUGAUAGUUCGCGGCCCCGGGGUGCCGCGGGGUGAGUCUGUGAACUACGUUACCUCCCACACCGAUAUCGCGCCAACACUUUUCGAUCUGGCCGGCAUCCCCCUUCGGUCCGACUUUGAUGGGACGCCGAUGCCACUGAAGAAGGAUGCUCUAGACAAACUCUCUGCCUCUCCACGUCGAGAGCAUCUCAAUGUGGAGUAUUGGGGAACCAACCUACAGGAAGGGCUCAUUGGUCGUGAUGCCUCAACUGGUAGCGCUCUUGGCUACGGAAACAAUACAUAUAAAGCACUCCGGGUCAUUGGGGAGGGUUAUAAUCUCUUUUAUUCCGUAUGGUGUACCAACGAGCAUGAGCUUUACGAGAUGACGAGUGAUCCUUAUCAAAUGAAAAAUCUAUUCCGAGCCUCUGAGACUGAGUUUCUGGGGUAUAACAUGACGAAAGUCAUAUCUCGACUCGACGCUCUACUGCUGCUUCUCAAGAGUUGCAAGGGUGCACAAUGCACAUCACCGUGGGCUUUUCUCCAUCCCGGUGGGGACGUCGCAACCCUUAGACAAGCGCUCAAUCCGAAGUAUGACGCAUUCUAUGCCGCACAGCCAUCAAUCUCUUUUGCUGCGUGUGAGGACGGAUAUUUUCCCGAAUACGAGGGACCGCAACAAGGUGGCUGCCUAGGAUAUCUAGAAUGUUGGGGCGUCUCCUGGUCGCUGUAG